AUGAAACGUAAUAUUCCUAUUAGCGAGCAUAUGACCAUUACAUCACGACGCAGCACACGCCAAACUGGUUGGGGAGGCGCACACUCAAAACUCUUAGCUACUCACUCUAUUUUACCAGAUAUACUCUGGCUGAGUUAUACAAUUUACAGUCAGUAGCUUAGACAGUAACAAGUGCACUAGACACGCGCACUGCGCUGGUCACGUCAGCACGCGCCCCAAGUGACAGGUACCUUUAUUGCCAUGGUUUGGGGGGAGGGGUUAGCACCUAUAAGGGGUGCACCACUCGACACCAGACCACAGGCACCAAGUUACGAUAUACCCCUGCUACGGGGUCCAGCUCCCGCCUACUUUCCCCCCGUCCCAGUAGGGCCCCUUCACAGGGGGAACACAGAAUCUGACCUCUGUGCACAGCUCUCCUUGUCGCCUCUGCAUCCCUACCAUCCCUGUCCCACUGGAGGUCUCUCCCCCGCCCCCUCAUGUCCCUGCCCGUGCUCCUUUUGGGGGUCCCCCCCCCUUCCCCUGUUGGCCCUGGGGGGCCCCAGCUUCACCACCCCUCAGCAGGUCUGGGGUUCUUGCCUGCUCCGCUCCAUCUCUGGUCGCACAAUGCGAGGGGCCUGAAUGCCCCCGAACGUAGAUCCCACCUUUUGCGCUCCCUAUGGGAAUCCUGGGUCUCCAUUGCAUUCUUACAGGAGACGCACUUUAGGGGAGUAGCUGGCCCGGCGCUCCGUGACUCCAGGUACCCAGUGGGGUACUUCGCCAACCAUCCCUCAGCUAAAAAAGCUGGGGUCGCAGUUCUGUUUGCGAGCACGGUUUUCCGUUAGUUUGCAAGGAGGUCUGUGGGGACCCCACCAACUAUCUGUUUCUGAAAGGCUCGAUAGCGGACACCAAGUAUACUUUUGGAUGCAUCUACGCUCCCAACACAUGGCAACACUGCUUUCUGAGAAGCAAGCUGCAUAAACUCGAGCAGUUCCGGGAACGACUGCUCGUUGUAAGUGGCAACCUCAACGUAGCCCGAACCGCCGGGGAGCAGGAAAGAACAGCUCAGAUAACAGCAUACCUACAGCAAUAUGUAACUAAGACCCUAAGUCAGGAGGACGUGGAAGCCCUGGAAGCCCCAAUCACACUAGAGGAAUUACAGGCAGCUCUAAAGUCCGCUAAACUGAACAAGGCUCCAGGACUAGACGGCUUACCGGUCUGCUACAUUAAAGAAUUCGGAGACGUGCUUCUGUCAAGACUCCUACGAGGUAUCAGAUAA